ACUACUGCUAUUGUUACCUCAUCUUCUUCCUUCUUCUCAGGCAUCAGAUCAUCCCUGUAUACCUUCCAAGAACUUGACUUUUGAAUUAUCACAAUGGCGCUUGAUGAUCAAGAAGUUGGAUAUUCUUCAAGCUAUUGCCGUUCAAAUAGAAGACACAAGUAUGAUGUGUUUUUAAGUUUUCGAGGAGAAGACACACGUAAGAAUUUUGCAGACCACUUAUAUGCUGCUUUGUGUCUCAAUGGACUGAUAACUUUUAGAGAUGAGGAAGAACUUGGGAGGGGAGAAAUUAUCAAACCAAGUUUGCUUCAAGCAAUUGAAGAAUCUUUGUCAGCAAUUAUUGUUCUCUCUAAAAACUAUGCUGCAUCCACAUGGUGCUUAGAUGAACUCCUAAAGAUCCUUCAUUCUAAGAAAGUGUUGGAUCUUCAUGUUUUUCCAAUCUUUUAUGGCGUAGACCCGUCUGAUGUUCGGCAUCAGAAAGGAAGUUUUGCAGAAGCCUUUGAAAAGCAUGACCAGAAAUUUGCAAACGAUAAAGGGAAGGUGCAAAGAUGGAGGGAUGCUUUGAGAGAAGUUGCUGACUUGGCUGGCUGGAGCUCUAAAAAUUGGUAUGAAACGAAACUCAUUGAAAUCGUUACUGAAAUGGUGAGGUCAAAAAUAGAUAAUCAACCACCUUUUGAUUCAAAUGAUGAAGAUGAUGAUGAACUUGUUGGAAUUGAUGAAAAAAUAGCAGACUUUGAUUCAUUUCUAGCAAAUAAAUCGGAGGAAGUUCAAUUUGUAGGAAUAUGGGGAAUGGGAGGGCUAGGCAAAACUACUCUUGCUAGAGCUAUUUAUGAGAGAAUAAAAAAGAACUAUGAAUUUCAUUUCUUUCUUCAUAAUGUGCGAGAGAAAUCUGCACAAGAUGGUGGUUUAAUUGAAUUGCAAAAGGAACUUCUUUCUCAUCCGAAAAGGAGAAUCAGAAUGGAAGUGGGUAAUUAUUACGAUGGAAGGGAGUUAAUCAAAAGAAUGUUGUGCAAUACAAGAGUUCUACUUAUCCUAGAUGAUGUCAGUGACAUUAGCCAGCUUGUGAAUUUGGCCGGAAAGAAAGGGUGGUUUGGUAAAGGGAGUAGAAUAAUAAUAACAACAAGAGAUCAGCAUUUGUUAGUUCAGCAUGGAGUUUCUCAAUAUGAGAUGAAUUUUUUAAGUCAGGUUGAGUCCCGUCAACUUUUUCUGCAAAAAACAUUUAAAGGAGAUCAACCAAAUGGAGAUUAUUUGAAGCUUUUUGAAACUGUGAUUGAAUCUACCAAAGGACUUCCAUUGGCACUCAAAGUGUUUGGUUCAUUUCUUUGCGGAAGAAAUACAAUAGAAUGGGAGGAUGCACUCAAGAAGAUUUCUUCUUCAGAUCCCAUUUUCAAUAUACUUAAAGUGAGCUUUGAUGGACUAGAAUAUAAUGAGCAGACUAUAUUCUUAGAUGUUGCUUGCUUUUAUAAUGGGAUGGCCAAGGAUAAAGUCAUACAAAUUUUAGAAAAUAGUGGUCUUCGCCCAAUAAUUGGAAUAAAAAUUCUUAUCGAGAAAUCAUUGGUAACUGAGGUUAAUGGGUUCUUGAGGGUGCAUGACAUGUUGCAAGAAAUGGGUAAGGAAAUUGUUUUUCGUGAGUCACCCAAUGAAGCUGGCAAACGUAGCAGAAUAUGGUCCUUGGAGGAUGCUAACCUUGUGCUUAGAAAUAAGAGGGGAACUGAAACAAUCCGUGGUAUGGUGGUACAAUUUGACAAAGCACAUGUCAUAUAUUUGGACCCUGAAGCCUUCUCAAAUAUGAGUAAUCUCAGGUUACUUAUCAUAUCACAUUCUUCACUUGGCCAUUUGAAUCUUCUUCAUGGACUUAAGUGCCUGCCCAACUCAUUGAAAGUCAUAAAAUGGAAGGGGUAUCCUUUACAUUUCCUGCCAAGUCAAACUCAAUUGGAUGAACUUGUUGAUCUUGAAAUGAAACACAGCAAAUUAAAGGAACUUUGGAGAGGAGAUCAGUUUCUACAAAGUCUAAAGUUCAUUGAUUUGAGUCAUUCAACAAACCUGAUGAGAACAUCAAAUUUUGAUAGAACCCCUAAUCUUCAAAGAUUAAUUCUUAAAGGAUGUACAAAGCUUGUUGAAGUUCACUGCUCUCUCGGGCAACACAAGAAUCUUGUCAUUGUUAAUUUUGAAGGUUGCAAAAGUAUUAAAAAUCUUCCAACCAAAUUGGAGAUGAAUUGCUUAGAGACAUUUAUUCUCUCUGGUUGUUCAAAAGUUAAAAGGCUUCCUGAGUUUGGUAAAGGCAUGACAUGUUUAUCAGAGCUUAAUGUAAAAGGGACUGCUAUAUCCAAACUGCCUCAGUCAUUGGUCAAUUUAACUGGUCUUGCUAUAUUAAAUUUAAAGUAUUGCAAAACCCUAGUAUGUCUUCCAAGUGAUUUUAAAAAAUUGAAAGCUAUAAAGGAGAUCAAUAUUCGUGGUUGCUCAAAGUUGUCAAGGCUUCCAGAGAAUUUGAAUGAAAAUGAGGCAUUGGAGGUGCUUGAUGUGGGUGGGACUGCUCUAAAAGAAGUGCCUUCGUCCCUCAAUAAUUUGAAAAAAUUAUCUCUUAGUGCAUGCAAUGCUUCUGCACAAUCAUCCUCGUGGAAUCACUACUCUCUUCUCAAGCGGGCAUUUAGGCUUCAAAGGCCUUCAAUGAAAUAG